UGUAAGAAUAUAGUUCAAUAGAAUUCAGUACAUUUGCAUUGUUGUACAACCAUCACCACCAUUCACUCCAGAUCUUAUUUCCAUCUUCCCAAACUGAAACUCUGUACCCUUUAAACAAUAGCUCCACAUUCCUACCUCCCUCUGACAACCACCAUUCUAUAUUCUGCCUAUAUAAAUUGGACUAUUCUAGGUAUCCCCUGCAAGUGGAAUCACAGAAUAUUCGUCCUCUUUUGUCUGUCUUAUUUCAGUUAACAUUAUAUCAUCAAGGUUUAUCCGUAUUCUAACAUAUCAGAAUUUCGUUCCUCUUUAAGGUUGAAUAAUGUUCCAUAGUAUGUGUAUACCACAACUUAUUCAUCCAUUCAUCUGCCCUUGAACAUUUGGGUUGUUACCGCCUUUUGGCUAUUGUGAAUAAUGCUGCUAUGAGCAUUAGUGCAUUAAAAUAGCCUUUAAACAACAUUGUUCAUCACUAUACAUACAGACAUUGAAAUUGUUUAGGAACACUGAUACCAAUCACUGACAAUUAAAUUGUGAAUCAGUUUCACCUAACCCAUAUAGAGAAGUUUUGUACUCUCAAUAUUUCUCUCAAGACUGCAAAAGCCAUCUUUGAGCACCCAAUCUGAUGUUCUUCAAGAUAUGCUGGAAAGAUAUUCAAUCAAUAGCCAAAAAAGAAAUAGUUUCAGGAGAUUGAUUUUCCCCCAGGACUGGCCAUACACCAAAGUCCAAGUAACAUGUGGAAGCAUUGGUAAGAUCCCCCCAUUCCCCAUUUUCAGCCAAAGAGAGCUCAGUACUUGUAUUAGGCAUAUUAUAAAUUAGUACCUCAUUUCUCCACAAUUUUUUUUCAGAGAUAUUGGGUAUGGCAGAAGAAAAUUGUACCAUGAAAAAUGAGUUUAUCCUGGCAGGAUUUACAGAUCACGCAGAGAUGAAGAUUCUUCUGUUUGUUGUAUUCUUUUCCAUCUAUCUGAUCACCAUGGUGGGGAAUCUUGGUUUGGUGGCCUUAAUUUUUACACAACGUCUUCUACACACACCAAUGUACAUUUUUCUGGGCAACCUGGCUAUUGUGGACUCUUGUUGCGCCUGUACUAUUAUUCCUAAAAUGUUAGAGAACUUCUUUUCUGAGGACGGAAUUGUUUCCCUCUAUGAAUGUAUGGCACAGUUUUAUGUCCUUUGCACCGUUGAAACUGCAGAUUGCUUUCUUCUAGCGGCAAUGGCCUAUGACCGCUAUGUGGCCAUAUGCAGCCCACUGCAGUACCAUACCAAGAUGUCCAAGAAACUCUGCAUUCACAUGACUACAGGAGCCUUCAUAGCUGGAAACCUGCAUUCCAUGAUUCAUGUAGGGCUUCUGUUUAGGUUAAUUUUCUGUGGAUUGAAUCACAUCAACCAUUUUUAUUGUGAUAUUCUUCCUUUGUAUAGACUCUCCUGUGUUGACCCUUAUGUCAAUGAACUGGUACUGUUCAUCUUUUCAGGCUCAAUUCAAGUCUUCACCAUAGGUAGUGUCUUAAUAUCUUAUCUCUAUAUUCUUUUUACUAUUUUCAAAAUGAAAUCCAAAGAGGGAAGGGUCAAAGCCUUUUCUACUUGUGCAUCCCAUUUUUUGUCUGUUUCAUUAUUCUAUGGAUCUCUUUUUUUCAUGUACAUUAGACCAAAUUUGCUUGACGAAGGGGAUAAAGAUAUACCAGCUGCUAUUUUGUUUACAAUAGUCGUCCCCUUACUAAAUCCUUUCAUUUAUAGCCUGAGAAAUAAAAUGGUAAUAAGUGUCUUGAGAAAAAUUCUGAUUAAACAAACUCAAGAAAAACUGAAUCAAAUGACACCUACCAUAGCUUGAUGUGAAUGCAGCAAAAACUUCCAUGUAAAAUUACAGAGGAUAUGCACAAACUGUAUGUAAAAUAUUAAUAUAUCAUAA